CUCAAUUCACAAUUCAUCUCUUGCGCAAAACCUCUAACCGCCAUCACUCACAAUGUCCAAAAGACCCGCCAAUGAGGACGAGUCCCUUGACCCGCUCAAGGCUGGUCAGCGACCAGACGCCGGGCUCAAUGGAGAACCCACCCUCGACUUUGAAGAUGAAUUUGAAGAUGAAUACGAGUCUGAGGAUGAGAUCAUGGAAGCCGGUGUCGAUGGGAGGCCCGACGCUGAAAGAGAAGCCGAACAGUCAAGAGAUGCCAUGGACAUCGACUCCAACAACAACAACGAUCAGACCUUUAUUCCUGGCCGUUCAAUACUCCAGCCGGGCAUGACGCUAAGCCCCGAUCCUUCCACCUACGAAAUGCUACACACCUUUUCUACCACUUGGCCCUGCCUGUCCUUUGAUCUUGUUCGCGACAACCUCGGCGAUGAUCGGAAACAAUAUCCCAGAACACUGUAUGCCGUCGCAGGAACUCAGGCUGAAACGACGAAGGCCAAAGAGAACGAAUUGUACAUCUUCCGACUUAGUAGUCUGGCGCGAAUGGAACGAGGAGAGCAAUCGGAUUCCGACAGCGAUAGUGACGAUGAUGACGAAGCCUCCGACCCUAUAUUGGAAUCAAGGUCGAUCCCACUUCCCAGUACCGCCAACAGAAUCCGAGCAUUCCAACCUCCUGCCCAAUCCCCAGACCUCAGUCAAAUCCCUUCGACACUGACCGCCACAUGGCUCGAAAACGGCCAAGUCCUCAUCCACGACGUCUCACCAUACCUACAAUCCCUCUCCACACCGGGCUACACCCUUCCACCCAAUGCCUCGAGACCUCUUAGCACAUUGCGGGUCCACAAGACCGAAGGCUAUGCGCUUGAUUGGGCACCCACAUCUUCCCACCCCCAGGGCCGUCUCCUGACUGGCGACAACAGCGGAGCUAUCUACAACACGCAGCGCACUGAAGGAGGCGGCUGGGUAACAGACAAUCGGGCAUUUAUCGGCCACACGGACGCCGUGGAGGAAUUGCAGUGGUCGCCCAACGAGAAGUUUGUCUUUUCAUCGGCCAGCUCCGACGGCACAGUCAAGGUGUGGGAUGCGCGCAGCAAAAGCCGCAAGCCGGCUGUCGAUGUCAAGGUCAGCAACACGGACGUCAACGUCAUGUCCUGGUCGCGACAGACCUUCCAUCUACUCGCCACGGGCGCCGACGACGGGCAAUGGGCCGUCUGGGAUCUGCGACAGUGGAAGCCUUCAUCCGCCGACAGCCCAGCGGUUAAACGCCCUACCCCGGUUGCCGACUUCAACUUCCACAAGAAGCCUAUCACCUCGAUUGAAUGGCAUCCCACAGACGACAGCGUUGUCGCCGUCGCCAGCGCCGAUAACACCGCCACCCUGUGGGAUCUUGCCGUCGAACUAGACGACGAGGAGUAUGGCAAAGAAGCCGGCCUAGGUCUUGGUGAAGGUGCAGAAAAGGUACCUCCGCAGUUACUCUUCAUCCACCAUCUCGAGGACGGCAAGGAAUUACACUGGCAUCCCCAGAUGCCUGGUACCGUCGUUGUCACUGGGGGUUCUGGCUUUGGCGUGUUCAAGACAAUCAGUGUUUGAAUGUUCACGAGUAGGCCAGACAGGCAUGUUCGAUCGUCAUGCAAUCCUACUUCUCAGCCACGUUUUCCUCUUUUCUUCUGUUUUCUGGCUGUGGUGAUUGC